GUGUUUUUAAGGCUGUUGGUUGCUGAAGUAGUAUUCAUUUCAGCAACUUGGAAAUAAUUCACAGUUUUACUCUUUAUCUAGUCAUUUAGGGUUAAAAAAAUAGUUAAAAAAACUGUAUUUAGUGCAAUCACAGAAGAACUCCCAAACUGCAACAACGUCACAAAGAAAGUAUUCUUCAUAGUCAACACUCUAGCUGUUCUUCACCAGAUCAGUAAAAGCCAGAAAAAUUGCUCUUUACUAAAAUGAAGAUUUUGCAGCCUACUUUUUUUUUAUUUGUAUUUAUACCUUUGGUGAAGUUAGCACCACCUAUUCAACAAGAAUCAUUCAACUUUUAUGACUAUGAUACAGACUUUAUCAAAGGAAAAAUGGUGCAACAAGAUGAUGAAAUGAAAUUCAAGGAUGUGAGAAAGCUUUUACAUAUGGAGGAUGGUAUGACUGAUUUCUCUGACACUAACAUUAGAGUACAGAAUGAUGAGACCAUACCAGAUGUACCACCAACGAAGGAUACAAAUUUGCCCACUUGUCUGCUGUGUGUGUGUUUAAGUGGUUCAGUAUACUGUGAAGAAACUGACAUUGAAUCUGUUCCCCCUCUGCCAAAGGAAACAGCCUACCUUUAUGCACGAUUCAAUAAAAUAAAGAAGGUGGUAGUCUCAGAUUUUGCUGAUAUUCCUACCUUAAAGAGAAUUGAUUUUACUGGAAAUAUGAUAGAAGUAAUUGAAGAUGGAACUUUUGCAAAACUUCUGUUAUUAGAGGAACUUUCACUUGCUGAAAAUAGGCUUGUAAAGCUUCCAGUUCUGCCUCCUAAGCUAAUUACGUUCAAUGCAAACCACAACAGAAUUAAGAGCAGAGGAAUCAAAGCAAAUGCUUUCAAGAAGCUGACCAAUUUGUCACACCUCUACCUAGGACAUAAUGCACUAGAUUCUGUACCUCUAAAUCUGCCAGAGAGCCUGUAUAUUCUGCACCUUCAGUUUAACAACAUAACUACAAUCAAAGACGAUACUUUCUGCAAAUCUAACAACACACGUUAUGUCCACCCACAUAUGGAAGAGAUAAGAAUGGAAGGCAAUCCAAUCAUCUUGGGAAAGCAUCCUAAUGCUUUUUCCUGCUUGAGAACGCUGCCUACAGGAGCAUACUACUAACCACUACCUAUACAAUUAUACAUGCUAUAAACUUAAGUAUGAUAACAGAAGAUCAUUUUUGUUUCUGAGUUUAAAUGGUUACAUCCUCUCCCUUUUUAACAGUUUCUCUACGUACCCAAAGAAUAUUUAACCAUAAUAUAAAUGUAUUCUAGUCUGGAAACUAACUAUGUAAAAAUGCACUUUUCACUUGCCAUUCCCAAUACCACCCAUGUGUUCAAAAUCAUAUGGUUUUGACAGUAUAAAAAAGUCUCCAACUCACAAUCCUUAGGUUUGCAAACAUUCUUUAUUCAGAGGUAGAGCUAUACAAAAAUAUUGUUUGGAUUUUUUCCAGGCUUGGCAGCAACCUGAAAAGAUUUGAUUUCAGGUUGACACAAAAGAAAACUUCCAAGGAAGUGUCUAAAUGCAACAUUUUCAGUCAUUUCAGAAUUUUUUUCCCAGCAAAACUGAUGCAAAUCUUUCAGUCAAAAACAGAUUCUUAACUGAAGAACUUUAUCAAGCUCUAUUUAGAGAUAUCAUUCCUUUCAGUUAAAUGUUUUAGUAGUAAUACUCCUGUGACUAAAGGUUGUGGGUUACUUUAAGUUUGAAUUACUUUAUUCUUAUUAGCACUGUAGAGCCACCACAGUACAAAGAAUGGUAUCCUGGCCUGUACAUCAGCACAGUUGGUGACCCAAUUCCAAGCACCAGCACAACUCUGUUUUCAAUUAGCCACAUUAGGAUUACAAUGGUAUAAGAACACACAGACUCUCAUGAUGAAACAUCUUUAAUACUGAUUAAAAUACAUUAACUUGACAGAGCAUUAUUUUGCUAAGGAUUUCCUUUGAUUUCAUUUCAGGAAAAGUAGUUGAGCUUAAAUAAGGUUUAAGUAAGCAUGGAAGUACUAUUGUUUUUUAUUUGUAAAUAAAAUAUGUUGCUAAGGAAUUCACUGAGAAGAAACAAAAAGAUUUUUUACAUGAGUCAUUCUGAAGAGUAAAAACUUUUUUCAAUUAUUUGAAAACUGCAAAAAUACUUUGAAUAAAAAUCAAAGUUGAUCUUAUUAUCAAGUACAGAACCACGUUUAAAAAAGUAAUGUGAAACUUGAUUAACACCAUUUAACCCUCAAUUACUUUAAGACCCAGGCACCACCUCUCAUAUUAAUGAUCAGGACUUUUGACAGUCAACUCAUAUUAAAGCAGAGAUAAUACCCUAGAGAUAUUAAUUCUAACAACAUUAAUACACAUGUUCAAAUAUUUUUUUCUUUCAAGUGAUUUGUUCAUUUGUUUGUUUUAAUAAAAAUCUGGAGUGAGCUCAUAUGGCUUAAUUGCUUCAGAAAUAUGAAUGCUAAAACAAAAAAAUGCUACAUGGUUAAUACAAGACUUUCCUAGGCAAGAGAUACACAUAAGGAGCUUGGUGAAACAUGAGAAGUUAUAAAUUUCCUAAUAAUAUAAUAACUAGCUUAGGAUCUUUAUUAGUAUAGUUAUUUUAACUUCAGGUUUAUAAUGCAAGAUUUAGGGCGGGGUGGUAUUUCUAAGACUUAUUAGUAACUUUUUCAUUUCACACUUAGUAAAACAAUAUCAUAUCACUGUGCUGUAGGGCAUUAAAAACUGGACAGUGAAUGCUCUGAAGUGUCCAUUAAAUGCCUCAGAUACCUCCAUAUUUACCUGAAUCUAAGACAACUUUGAGUUUAAGAUAACCCCUCAAUAAUUACAUUCUAAACCUAGAAAAUUAUAAAUGUUAUAAUUUUCCACCUCUAGAAUUUAAUUAUUGGAGGUUGUCUUUAAUCUGUCCCCCUUACUGUUAUGCCAUAAAAGCUGUGGCAAACAAUGGGAAAAGCAGCUGGAGGUAGAAGCAGGGAGAAAGCAGGGGUAGGGGAGACAGGCUGCCUGCCCCCACCCACUGUCCCCUGGUGCCUGCCCCCUCACCACUUUCCUAUCCCUUGACUCCCCCCACCUACCUCCACCUUACCCCUGCACCCGCUACAGCUGAGUCAGACUGCAACUAGGAGCCAUGAAGGGCAGCUCGGCAGGGAGCCCAGCUGGCUGGAGAGCACAGCAGCAGCAUGCAGAUUCCUCCUUCCCUGCCUGGCUCCCUGUCAGCAAGGCAGACAGACAAGGGGAGGCAGGAAGGGGGGCUGGGCAGACAUUGGAAAUAGUAAUCUAUAUGCUGCUAAUGCUGUCCCUACCCCAGCUGGGCUCCCUGCACAGCCACUUCUCACAGCUCCCAGGUGUGAUACAUUAUUCUAAGAAGAGGCUUUGUUUUCCGCAUGAUGAAUGGGGGUGGGGAAGGACAACCUCGUCAAGUAAAAAUAAACAGUCAAGUCAAGUAAAUGCAGUGCGACUGUGAACAUGUGAGUACAGAAAUCUAACAGGCUUUUUAGUAGUGUCCAAAUCAAAAAGGUUACUUGGGUUGGUAUGUUCUCCUGAAAGAAAAAACAUGGUUAAAAUAGUUUUAAACAUGGAAAGCCACAAGAUCUUUAUGCCUCUGCUCUGUAAUUUAUAGUAAACUUAGUAGCAAUUUAAAUUCUCUACUUUUAAACAUGAAUUUAUCAGUCUACUAUGCCUGUUAAUAAACUUAGAGAGUUAAUCUAAAUGUUGUAUUACCACUUUCCAUUUAAAUAUAUUAAAUGACUUAUGAAACGCUGAUGCUUUAAUAUUUUAGUCCCAUGUAAAAAUAUUUAAAAUAAUUCCACAGCAAAUGAAAUUAAAUUCAAAGUUCAAGUCAAAGUGAUGCUAAGAGGAAAAAGGAAACAAACAAACAAACGCACACUAUAAGGACACACUUUUGUCCUUAUAAUGUCAAUUGCUUAAGAUAAAGAAAACUCAAAUAAACAAUAGCCAGUGUACAAUAUUGUUGCACAUGUAGUAUCCCAGAUCUUGCCCUCAUUAUAAAUCAUUAAUAAUAAACAAAGUUUUCAAUAAUUAAUAAGAUCAAAAAUGAUUACAAAUGGUCUUUACACUGCUUUCCUAGGAUAAUAUUAUUUUAUAUAUUAGAAAGCUAUAUUAAAAUUACACUUCAACUGCCAUUAAAAGCUUAAUUUAUAAAAUGUACUAGAUAUUAGCAGUUAUGCUGAUUUCAGUUAAAGGUAAGUGGUAUUCUCUGAAAACCAUAAAAGUGCAUUAAUAAUGCACAAUAAUUAAUUUAUCCUUCCCACCUAAUAGUAGUUUAGCUCUCCAGAUCCCUUAAAUAAUAUUAAUAUGGCUGUAAAAUGAAGGGAUUUUUAAAAUGUGUUAAUAAAUAAAAUUUGUACCGCAUGCUUACUUCAUUAGUAAUCAUAUCUUAUGAAGCUGAAUAUGGAUUUCUUGCCCUACUGAUUUUUUUAAAAUGAAAGUUUAAAUUACUGUUCUCUUAUCAGUUCACUAGCAUCAAUUAAAACAUAUCAGCAGAGCUCCCAAAGCAGAUCUGAUUAUUUAAAACUUUACAAGUCUACAUUAGCAUAUUAUGAAUUUAUGCCAUCCAUGUUGCUGCACUGGUGCAAAUCCCGAAUGUAGAUGUACUUCAUUGCUACUAGGGGACAGCAGGAAUAUAAAUCAAUUGGUUUAACUACAGUAUUAACCCCAACAAAUAAAAAGGGCAUGUAGAAGACACUUCCUCACCCCUUCUGACUAUACACGGGACAUUUUUGCGAAGCAUGGGCAGAAGUAGGUAUAAAAAAAGUUAGUGCUAUUUUUAAAUGUAUACAUUUAUAACCUAGGAAAACUAAUUCUACAAGAUUACAGUACUGUUAUAAUUUUUAAACUAUAAUGCUUAGCAGUUGCAUUAAAAAAA